UCCGUUUCUCCACCAAUCCGUCUGGUCUCCCAUCAGAUCACAUCCACCUCAUCCACCACGGCCAAGGAGACGAGGAUGGCGAGGAAUAUCCUACACGCCCUGGGGAUCCUACUGUACGUAGCGACCGUGUCCUUCGCUGGCGACGAAAAGAAAUCCAGCUCCUACACAUCCUUCGUCACCACGGGCUUAGGACACGGGGGCAUAGGCUUAGGACAUGGUGGUGGUUAUGGUGGUUUUGGUGGUGGUUAUGGUGGUGGAAAUCUUGGGUAUGGGGUAACUGACUUUGGUGGAGAUGGUGGUGGGUAUGGUGGCUAUGGUGGCUAUGGUGGCUAUGGUGGUGGUGGUCAUGGUGGUGGGUAUCAAGUGUAUAAAGCUGUUGGAUAUGGGAAAGGUGGAUAUGGUGGUGGGUAUGAUGGGUAUGGUGGGUAUGGUGGGUAUGGUGGUGGUAAUGGUAUUGGCCACGGUGGUUAUGGUGGAUUUGGGACAGGCUAUGGUGGAUUUGGGACAGGCUAUGGUGGCUAUGGUGGCUAUGGGAAAGGCUACGUCCAGUAUGAAAAGGGAUAUGGUGGCGGCGGCUAUGGUGGCUAUGGUGGGGGCGGCUAUGGUGGCGGCGGCUAUGGUGGCUAUGGUGGCGGCGGAUAUGGUGGCGGCGGCUAUGGUGGGGGCGGAUAUGGUGGCGGCGGCUAUGGUGGACUUGGAGGACAUGGUGGAUAUGGUGGAUAUGGACACUAUGGUUAUGGAAAAGGAGCAAAAGGGUACACCCACUCAUACUAUGUGAAGAAAGGCUACGGCGGUGGCUAUGGGGGCAAGGCAUAUGGCUACGGCACUGGAUAUGGAUACGGUAAAAAAUAGAGAAAAGAGAGAGAAAAUACGUAGAGAAAGAGGAAACUGAGGAGAAAAGAAGAGAGUAAGAAGACAAUAUCCCCUUCACGCAGUCCUCUCAUACUGUCUCUUCCCUCCACUCCCAACACCAAGAGGAUGAAGAGGACGAGGAGCAAGAGGAAGAGAAA